GUAUAUUCAGUAUUGCAUUUACUUCAUCAUUUUUCAUACUUGAAAUGGUUCGAGUACGAACAAAGCAUCAUUUUCACAUGAACAUGUAGAGAGAUUCCGAAUCAAACGCUGAAUUUUAACAUAGUUCCUAAUCCCCGCCCAAACUUUUAAUCUGAAAUUUUCGUCUUAACUAGACAAAAUCUGUCACAAAUUACACAGUAUCCAUUCAAUUCCUAAAAAGACCAGCUGAAUUCAUCCAAUUCAGUUUCAGUUUCACUUUGUUUGUGUAAAUAACAGUUUUAAUUGUACAGAAAAAUGGAUGAAGUUUCGAUCCGUGUGCCGUACAGAAACUUGAAGCAGGAAGUGGAGCUGGUGAGCGCUGGCGAAUGGGAUCAUGAGCGCUCUAUACAGAUCCACGAUUCAUCAUCGGCGCCGGGAUUGUCGCGCGGCGGCGGAGAAACGUCCCCGGUUUCUGAUCUGCAUCACCCGCCGCCGAAAAAUUGUAGCUUAUUGACGCUGAUCCUCAGUUGCACGGUGGCCGCUGGGGUUCAGUUUGGAUGGGCCCUUCAGCUGUCCCUCCUCACUCCAUAUAUUCAGACGCUUGGUAUAGGCCACGAAUUUUCUUCUUUCAUAUGGCUUUGUGGUCCCAUAACCGGCCUUGUGGUUCAACCUUGUGUUGGUAUAUGGAGUGAUAAAUGCACCUCCAAAUAUGGCAGACGGAGGCCAUUUAUUCUUAUUGGAUCUCUAAUGAUCUCAGUUGCUGUCAUAAUAAUUGGGUUUUCUGCAGACAUUGGUUACAUAUUAGGGGAUACAAAAGAGCAUUGCAGCACAUUCAAAGGGACCCGCACAAGGGCAGCUUUUGUCUUUGUAAUUGGAUUUUGGAUGCUAGACCUUGCAAACAAUACUGUGCAGGGUCCAGCUCGGGCUCUCCUUGCUGAUUUAUCAGGUCCUGAUCAAAGAAAUUCAGCAAAUGCUGUAUUUUGUGCUUGGAUGGCUGUUGGGAACAUUCUAGGAUUUUCUUCAGGUGCUAGUGGAAAUUGGCACAGAUGGUUUCCUUUUUUGACCAGUAGAGCUUGUUGCGAACCAUGUGGGAAUCUCAAAGCAGCAUUUUUAGUUGCAGUGGUCUUCCUCACUUUCUGUACGCUUGUAACCCUCUACUUUGCGAAGGAAGUACCACUGAUGCCAAAGCAAUCACAUCGUCUAUCAGAUUCUGCUCCUCUCUUGGAUGACCAUCAGUUAAAUGGCCAUGACCCUUCCGAAAACAAAUUUAACUUGGAACCUAAAGAAAUCAAACUUAAGUCUGAGAGGCAUCACAAAAUGGAUAAUGAUGAUAGAACUGAAGAAGAAAACAAUCAUGAAAACGAUGACGAUGGAUUUAGUGACAGCCCCGGGGCUGUUUUGGUUAAUUUGCUCACAAGCUUACGUCAUUUACCUCCAGCAAUGCAUUCAGUGCUAGUGGUCAUGGCUUUGACUUGGGUUUCCUGGUUUCCCUUUUUCCUAUUUGACACUGAUUGGAUGGGGAGAGAAGUUUUUCACGGUGACCCAAAAGGAGAGGCUGCUGAAAUUCAAGCUUACAAUCAAGGUGUCAGAGAAGGUGCAUUCGGUUUGCUAUUGAAUUCUGUUGUUCUCGGCAUUGCUUCCUUCUUUAUUGAACCAAUGUGCCAGUGGAUUGGAUCCAGACUAGUUUGGGCUUGUAGCAAUUUUAUCGUGUUUAUAUGCAUGGCUGGCACUGCUAUUAUUAGCUUGGUAUCUGUGAGACAACAUUCUGAUGGGAUUCAACAUGUUAUUGGUGCAAAUGGGACAACCAAGAUUGCCUCUUUAGUUGUUUUUGCUCUUCUUGGCCUUCCUCUUUCUAUCACUUAUAGCGUACCCUUUUCUGUUACUGCUGAGCUGACUGCUGAUUCAGGAGGUGGACAAGGACUAGCAAUCGGAGUCCUAAAUCUAGCCAUUGUGGUACCUCAGAUGAUUGUCUCGCUUGGUGCUGGUCCAUGGGAUGCAUUAUUUGGUGGGGGAAACAUACCCGCAUUUGUCUUGGCAUCCUUUGCAGCCCUUGCAGCCGGUGUUAUUGCAGUACGUAAACUUCCAACUCUUUCAAGCAAUUCCUAUAAAUCGACCGGCUUCCAUUUCGGUUGAUCAAAAUCAUUCCAGAUGAGAGAUUAACCAUUUAUACGCGAUUAUACAACCUGGAUCCUGUAUCCUGUAUAUGCACAUACAAUUUCUGUCGUAAACGAUAAAAUUUACACCUUUGUUCAUUUUUUUCGUCAGAGGUAGUUUUUAUAGUAGCUUUUGGGCAUGUUGGUAUUUCAAGAAUCAUAUAGAAAAGGAUAGGUCUGAUUUGGAGGAAAGGAGAAAAUGCUUAGGCUACGUUCAUAUUUAUUGUAAUUUCACAUACUUGACAUAGCAAAGCGCAGUUGACUUGAUUACUCGAGAUGUAGCAACAGUUUUGGUCAUCUUGAAUAAUUUUAUUGGACAAGUCCAUUACUUUUUCAGGAAGCUUACUUUGGUCCAUUCUUUGAGACCGUGUUGUGUUUAUGUCACACUCACUUAUCUUAUUGACUCAUGUUAUCCUUACUUUUUCUUAUCGUAAAUGUAACAUCUAAGUAUUAUCUCGACUGAAUUUAU